UGGUGUGAACUUAUCCCUUCCAGAAGCAGAGAAAGAUUUCCAGUUAGAUAUAGACAUGAAUUCCUAAAAAAAUUAAGGGCGUUAAAGACUAAGUAUUCUACAAAGAUUAUAGUCACUAAUCAACUACACAAAUUUAUUAUAUUGCCAAUCUUUGUCUUGAUUACUAAAUUCCAACUAUAUACUUGGAAACCUUGUAGAUAUCUUCAGUGCAGCUAGGGUUUUUUUUGUCUCUAUUUCCCCCCACUCAUGAGCCCAUCCUCUAUUUAACCCUUUUCAUCAUUUGUAUCACAUCAUAACUCUUAUCACCUUAUUUUAAAUACUCUUAUUUGUGUAUCAUGGCUGCUGAAAUUGGGAUUCUGUCCGUGACUCAACUCCAAAAACUAGCUCAAUCCCAAGAACAGCAUAACCAACAACAAUCGUCAUCACAACCACCAUUAGAUUCUGGCUCUGCUACUGGCUAUUGGAUGUGGAACGCUAAGCAAGUAACCCCAACAACAACUCAGGAUGAUGACGAUUCAUGGGAAGUUAGAGCAUUUGAGGAAGACACAGGCAAUGCCAUGGGCACUACUUGGCCACCGAGGUCCUAUACUUGCACCUUCUGUCGGAGAGAAUUCCGGUCAGCGCAAGCCCUAGGUGGACACAUGAAUGUGCACCGCCGCGACCGUGCCAGGCUCCACCAAGCCCCACCACAAUAUGCUUCAAAUAGCAACAACAACCACAGUUCUUCCCCCAAUGCCAAUUCUACCUUCCUAAUUCCAACUCAAGAAUUUGUUACAAAUGGUGGAGUUUGUCUUCUAUACUCCUUGCCUAACCCUAGCAGUACUCAUGUCUUCAACCCCGCAUCAAGAAAAUCUUGUACUAUGAGUAACAAUUCACCGUCUACCCUUAAUCUCUCCACCUCACCAUAUCCAACAAAUAAUUUGAUGUCUCCAACUCCAUGCCCUCCUCCUUCUUCUCUAAAUUUUCCAAUAAACAAGCCUACUCCAAGCAUCAACACAUCAUUUAACAUAAAUGAACCUUCAACAUCUAACACAAGUAAUGAUCAUAGCAAGAGGGAUUCAGCCAUUGAAGAUGAGCUUGAUCUCGAGCUUCGGCUAGGAUGGAGAUCAUCAUCAUCAACAACAUCCUCACCAUGAACACAAGUCAUCAUUUUGUGGUUAAUUUCCUAGACUUGAUUUCCUUUUUAUGGAUUGAUUAAUUCGUUGUGUGUGAAUUGCAGUAUACUCCAAAUGAAGUUGAGAGAAAAAGCAAGAAGAAGAGAGCAACUUGUAAAUUUAAAGAAAUGAAGGGUUAAGUGUGAUAAUAAUAAAAGAAUAGAAGUAUUAAUUGAUCAAAGGAAAGCGUUAUUGGCUAGGGUUGGAGUGCGAGCUAGACUGUAAAAAAAAAAGCUUUGCAGUGCUGUGUCAUUUUCUAGUUGCUCAUUUCUGAGGACAGCAUAUAUUUCCGUGGGGAUUAUUAUAUCUGGCCAUGUUACGAUUCUUUAUUACUGCAUUUAUGUUAUCUCUCAUGAAUAUAUGGAUUAUGGGGUAUAUUUUUGGUUAAAGAAAAAAAAAAGGGAUUUAUUUAGUACUUACUACUUAUAAAAGGAUUCUUGAGACAUUUCGAACUCUAUCCAUGAAAGGGAAGAUUGUUUAUUCGCUUUCCUUAUUCAUUUCUUUUUUUCUUUUACCUUUUUUGGUAUUAUAUAAUUCCCUUUGUUUCCUUUCCUCUUCUGUGUUUGGCCUUAUUUUUGGAAUACUCCUCAUCCCCUUAUACCUGUUUUUGUUAGCAGUGAAUUAGUCAUAAUAAAAAAAAUCAUAAGAACCUUUUGGUCAACUUAAGUUUGCAUUUACUUUUUUUCUGUGUUUUAAUCAAAUAAACAUGGAAAAUCAGAAUAAUGAUUUUGAAUUUCAGAAAUGUUUUGCAGCAGCUUCAAUCUUUGCACUUUCUUUUAGGUAGAAUACCUAAGGACCCAGGCUAUGACACUCAAAAAAAAUAAAAGAAUAAAAACUUAAAGAUCCUUCUAAACUUGAUACGAAUUAUGAUAUACAUCUAAACUUACUAAUUGUUAGUAGUCUUAAUUACCCCUGAACUUGACUAUUUGAUAGCCUUUACAUCCCCAAACAAACACACGCAUGAUCUUAUCGUAAGAGAGUGAGAUACACUUGACUGCCACAUGGAUUUUUUAUUUUUUUUACCACAUGACAUUUAAAAAAAAUAUAAUUAAUAGUAUAUUUUUUCUUUUAAAUUCAUUAAUUUUAAAAAAAAUCUUUUUUUGGGUUCAAUUAUUAAAAAACUUGACUUGAACUCUAAUUUUAGGCAAGUACAUUGCAAAACAGAUAGUCAAAUCUUCAUUGAGAAUAUUACCUUGUCGUGCCAAUUAGUAAAAUCUACGUUGAAGAAUGACAUACAUGCUAUCUCCUCAUUUAGAAUCAGGGUGAAGAAGGGUCACUUUUCUUUUGAUCCGGGCUGACUUCUCUUUAUUUUUCUCCUUUUACUAAGUGUUUUUUUUUUUUUUUUGCUUGGUCUUGUAAUUUGAUGGAAGCACAACAUUCUAAUUUGCUUCACCUUUUCUGCGCAGAUAGGUUUCUUUUGUAUCAUUAGAGGUUUUGCCCUCUAUUUACUCCUCUUCUUCUUUUUUUUUUUUUUUUUUUUUUUUUUUUUUUUUUUUUCUUUUGUAUAACUGUGGUGCCGCGCUAGUUUGAGCGCGCCUCGACUAAUUUCACGGGAUACCUGUCACCUCUCAUUGGCAACGGGUACCAGGUAAUUAUAUCCACCAAUGCUAGGAUAGAUGGGAAGAAUGACUUAGUUUUUUUGUCUCUAUUGGAAUUUAAACCUGAAAAUCUCAUGAUUCUCAACUCACUACAUUGACCACUAGGCUACAUCUUUGGUGCCUCUUUAUGUACUCUUUUACCUAUCAAUAAAUGAAUUUCAGUACCUGGGUAAAAAAUAGAAACCAUAAAAGGGAUAUUCAAGCUCAAUGGCAAAGAAAUUAGGUGAAUCUUUGCAAGUUUACAAACAUCACAACAGAAACCAGAAGGAUCUACUUGGUCGAACAAAGAAGUAAAUAAUGUUUUUAGCUAAUCAAAGGAUACAUGCCCCAACCGUCGACGUCAUAGCCAAAUUUCAAUUUUAUUGUAUUUUUCUGUAGUGCUUCCACUACUAAAGUUUUAUGUAACUAGUAAAAAAUUUCGAUGUCAAAUUCAAGUAAUACAAUUUUUCCGCCUAAUACCAUAAUCAAUCGUCUGCUUUGUUUGAAUGUCCUUAGUAACACAAGAGUUAGCCCAAAAACUGUCAACACAAGACAAGGCUUUAGUUAUAUGAGAAACAGAUAAAAGAUUAUAUAGUUCAAAGAUGGGACGACAACUAAAACGUAGUCUAGAUCUAAAGUGUUAGAGAAAGAUAAAGACCUCUUCUCCAACAACUGGAGACUCGUUACCACUGGCAGUCGAAACGUUUUUUCAGGAACAGGUUUUAAGAUGUGCAAUUUGUCUAGAAUCACACGU